AAACCAAACCAAACCACAUAUCACAGAUCAAACACGUUUUUUUCUCGGUCGUGUUUCUUCUUCCACUGUAAAUUUCUCACUAUGACUCCCAGCUUGAACAAACCCUUAGCUUCAUCCAUCACAAAGCAUGUUAAUGGCUUCAACCCUUCGCUCUUCACCCUCUCCAACUCAACCCUAAAAGUUAAGGGUCAGACCAUCCUCUCCCAAGUUCCUCAGAACAUAACCCUCACACCAUGCACCUACGACACUCACACCACAGGUUGUUUCCUAGGUUUCCAUGCUCCUACUCUCAAUUCUCGCCACGUCGCACCCUUAGGCCAACUCAAAAACAUCAACUUCUCCUCCAUCUUCCGGUUCAAGGUUUGGUGGACCACUCUCUGGACCGGUUCCAACGGUCGCGACCUCGAAUCGGAAACUCAGUUUCUCAUGCUUCAGUCCGGUCCAGACCGCCCUUAUGUUCUCUUUCUCCCCAUCGUUGAAGGCCCAUUCCGUGCGUCCCUCCAACCCGGUUCAGAUGACAAUGUUUCGGUGUGCGUUGAGAGUGGGUCGAGGCACGUGACGGGGUCGACGUACGAGAGUGUGGUGUACGUGCAUGCAGGGGAUAACCCGUUCACGUUGGUGAAGGAAGCCACACGUGUGGUGAGGGCGCAUUUGGGCAGCUUCAACCUUCUGGAAGAGAAAACCGUUCCAGGAAUCGUGGAGAAGUUCGGUUGGUGCACGUGGGACGCGUUUUACCUGACGGUGCACCCUGACGGCGUCAAGAAGGGCGUGCAGGGGCUGGUUGACGGCGGUUGUCCGCCGGGGUUUGUUCUGAUUGAUGACGGAUGGCAGUGCAUCAGCCAUGACGCGGAGCCCGAGAAGGAGGGGAUGAAUCAGACGGUCGCCGGAGAACAGAUGCCAUGUAGGUUGAUCAGUUACGAGGAGAACUACAAGUUCAGGGAUUACAGGAACGGGGAAGGGUUGGGUGGGUUUGUGAGGGAAUUGAAGGAGGCGUUUGCUACGGUUGAGUAUGUUUACGUGUGGCACGCGCUCUGCGGCUACUGGGGAGGUGUCAGGCCCGGAGUGGCGGGGAUGGCUGAGGCCGUGGUGGAGAAGCCGGUGCUUUCGGAGGGUUUGAAGUUGACGAUGGAGGACCUCGCCGUGGAUAAGAUAGUGGAGAACGGAGUCGGGGUUGUGCCGCCGGAGACGGUGGCGGAAAUGUACGAGGGGCUUCACGCGCAUCUAGAGCGUGCGGGGAUUGAUGGGGUCAAAGUCGAUGUCAUCCAUUUGCUAGAAAUGAUAUGUGAGAAAUAUGGAGGGCGAGUGGAUAUGGCUAAAGCAUACUACAAAGCACUCACAGCUUCAGUGAGAAAACAUUUCAAGGGAAACGGUGUCAUUGCUAGCAUGGAGCAUUGCAACGAUUUCAUGUUGCUGGGAACUGAAGCAAUAUCCCUUGGUCGUGUUGGGGAUGAUUUCUGGUGCACUGACCCUUAUGGUGAUCCAAAUGGUACAUAUUGGCUUCAAGGGUGUCACAUGGUGCAUUGUGCGUACAACAGCUUGUGGAUGGGGAACUUCAUUCAACCAGAUUGGGACAUGUUCCAAUCUACUCACCCUUGUGCUGCUUUCCAUGCAGCUUCAAGGGCCAUAUCUGGUGGCCCCAUUUACAUCAGUGACACUGUUGGGAAUCACAACUUUGAGCUGCUCAAGACCCUGGUCUUACCUGAUGGGUCCAUCCUCAGGUGUGAGUACUAUGCACUCCCAACCCGGGAUUGUCUUUUUUCUGACCCUCUCCAUGAUGGCAAAACAAUGCUCAAAAUAUGGAAUCUGAACAAGUACACUGGAGUUCUAGGGGUGUUUAAUUGCCAAGGAGGAGGCUGGUUCCGUGAGUCUAGGUCCAACAAAUGCGCUGCUGAGUUUUCUCACAAGGUAUCAACCAAGGCCAAUCCAAAAGACAUUGAGUGGGAUAGUGGAAGCAACCCAAUUUCCAUUGAAGGGGUGGAGCUUUUCGCCUUGUAUUUCAGCCAAGCCAAGAAGCUCAUCCUCUCAGCACCUUCUGACAUUGAAGAGAUUUCCUUGGAACCAUUCAAUUUUGAGCUUAUAACAGUUUCCCCUGUGACUGUCUUGUCUGGGAAGAACGUGAAGUUUGCUCCUAUUGGUUUGGUGAAUAUGCUGAACACUGGUGGAGCAGUCCAGUCCUUGACUUUUGAUGAUGCUAAAAAUUUGGUGGAAGUUGGAAUAAGAGGCACUGGGGAGAUGAGGGUCUAUGCUUCAGAGAGACCAAGCACUUGUAGAAUUGAUGGAAAAGAAGUUGAUUUUGAAUAUGAAGGAUUCAUGGUCAAAAUUCUAGUGCCAUGGCCUUCUUCAAGAAUGUCCACUGUUCAGUUUGCAUUCUGAGCUAGGGAUUUUUGUUUUUUUUUUUUGAAUUAUUUUCCAUAGUAAAUGAUGUCAAGGGGCCUUUUAUCCCUUAUAUGUUUCAUAACUUGCUUUUAUAGUUUUUCCCCCAAUACUUCUUAUGGGAGCAGUACAUUGAUCUGAUAAUUUAGUCAAUAUCAAGUUUCUUUUGCAUCCAA